UCCCCACGCAUUUUGUUCUAUAGUGCGAUGGCCGAUCCACAUGAGAAUCUCCACAUAGCGAUGCUUCCGUGGUUGGCCUUUGGCCACAUGAUGCCAUACUUGGAGCUAGCCAAGUUGAUGGCAGGAAAGGGUCACCGGAUAUCAUUCCUAUCGGUCCCGGGAAACAUAGAUCGCCUCCCAAAACCCCCUCCAGACCUCGCUCCUCUCAUCAGCUUCGUGAAUCUUCCCUUACCGACCGUCGAACACUUGCCGGAGGGCGCCGGAGCCACCAGUGACCUGCCUUACGACAAGAUCCAGUUUCUCAAGAAGGCUUACGACAUGCUCCAAGAACCCGUGGCCCGGUUCCUCGAAUCUUCGGAUCCCGAUUGGAUCAUGUACGAUUUCGCUCCGUAUUGGGCUGGCCCGAUCGCUUCUAGGCUCGGCAUAAGGAGUGUUUUCUUCAGUAUUACGACUGCUGCCAGCUUGGGCUUCUUUGGGCCAAUAUGGGCUUUAAAGGGGGGAGACUACCGGAAAACUCCGGAGGAUUUCACGAAGCGCCCGAACUGGGUUCCGUUCCCGACCAAGGUCGCAUUCCGCCACUUCGAGAUCAAGAAGAUUUUCGAUGCGGUUAUAGGCAAUGCGUCGGGCGUCACAGACUUAUAUCGCUUUGGGGCAGGCCAAGAAAGUUGUGACAUAAUAGCAGCAAGAAGCAGCUAUGAGGUCGAACCCGAAUGGUUGAGCCUCCUCAAGGAUAUCCACACCAAACCAAUCUUCCCCGUUGGGCAACUUCCCCCACGCGAUCCCGAGACGCGAGGCGAAAUGGACUCGUGGCGGUCAAUCAAGGAAUGGCUAGAUUCGCAGAAGAAAGGUACCGUGGUAUAUGUGGCAUUUGGGAGCGAGGCCAAACCAAGCCAAAUCGAAUUGACUGAGAUCGCCCUAGGGCUAGAGCUUUCGGGGUUACCGUUUUUCUGGGUACUCAAGACUCGGCUCGGCUCAUCCGACACUGAGUCGGUCGUGUUGCCGAACGGUUUUGAGGAGCGAGUCAAAGGGCGUGGUGUGGUUUGGGAUAGCUGGGUGCCUCAGCUCAAGAUACUCGCGCACGACUCGGUGGGCGGGUUCUUGACUCAUGCCGGGUGGAGUUCGGUGGUGGAGGCGCUAAGCUUCGAGAGAGCCCUUAUACUUUUCACAUUCUUGGCAGAUCAAGGACUAAAUGCGAGGUUCUUGGAGGAGAGACAGAUUGGGUAUCCGAUACCAAGGAAUGAGUCCGAUGGGUCGGUCACGAGGCAGUCCGUGGCCGAGUCGCUAAGGCUGGUGAUGGUGGAAGAGAAGGGUAGGGUUUACCGAGAGAAAGCAAAAGAGAUGAGGCCGAUAUUUGGGGACAAGAAUGUCCAAGAACGUUAUGUCAACAACCUUCUUAAUUAUCUGAAGGAACACAGGCCUGUGAAACACCUAAAAUCAAAGGGGAUCACAAUAUAAGGCAAGAAGAUAUGAUGUGAUUAUCUAGUGCUUGUGCUGAGUAUCAAUGUUUGGCAAGACAUAGGUAUUUUGCUUAGUGCAUGAAACUAGAUGUUAAGGAGAAAGUAGUUUAUGUAUUGAUCGAUCAAUGGAUGAAGUGCAAUCAAUCUAUAAUCGCGUGGGAUAUACUCCAACUGACUUUACAUUUGAAUUUUGAAAUUUCUCUAUUCCGAUUGA